AUUAACCAUUAUUUUUCUGCUGGAGCACUUUGUACUUUGUGUUGAAAAGUUAUCUAUAAAUAAAGUAUAAUUAUUAUUUAUAACUACCUUGUUAUUUAACUUGUAACUUAUAUUAUUGUAAGUUAAAUCAUGUAAGGAAUAUGAUGAGUCAGUAGAAUACAACAUGGUCUAAUACUAUAAAAGUUAUAGUUAUGAACUUACCAAUUAUAAUUAUUUGUAUUUAAAAUGGAGUGUGUUAGAAUAGAAUUCAGUCCUCUCCAUCUCCUGCACUUAUUUAUCAAAUAUACACAUUUAUUUUAAUAUUUACACUGAAGCCUAGCUCACGUGCUCUGGGGCUGUUUUCUGACCGGCUUUGCCGCACCCAACAGAAAGCUCCUAACACUACAUCUCCCAGCAAUGCUUGCGGCUCAGGGCGGAAGUGUCGUCCCUCAGAUACUUAUAGAGCCGCUUCCCAGGCAGCUGAAAUAGACCAAUGCGUAGCGGGGGUGAACCUGCCGAGGCAGCGAUGGGACGAGCACGGAGACCUGACAGCCUGCGCCGGAAUUUAGGCUGAACCGCAUCCCAUCGCGCCGGGAGGGUCGAACGGGUGUACGUGACUUCAUCCCGGUUGAUCGUCCCGGUCCCGUCCCGUCCCUCCAGAGGCGUCAUGUCUUUAUUCAUCCCCACAUUUACGCAUGGAUCCGGUGGAGUCGGCGCUGAAGUUGACGCGGCGGUGUCCUGUGGAUGUUGCGGUGCUCCGUCUCAAACUCGCCUAGGUGUGGGCGCUCUCGGAGGGGCUGCGUGCCUCCGUGUGCGGGACGGUGAAAUAGAUGAUAAUAAUAAUAAUUGUGUGGCAGAAACAGAAGGAGCGCGGGCUGAGAAGCAGAUAAAGGAAUUAUAAACCUCCCUGUGUGACCGAGGAGCUGUGAGAGCCGCUGGAGACAUUCUGCUGCUGGAGACUUUCUGCUGAACUGUUUUAUAGGUAGACUUCUUUUUUUUUUAUGCAUGUUUUUUUUUGGGGGGGGAUCACAAUCCAUUAACCUUUAAUCCGCACAUGCAUUUACGCCCUUAAAGUAUUACACGUUUCCCCCCCGUGAUGAACUGAGGCUAUUGCGGAUUAAAUGGACACUGUGUGAGCGUCACAUCUCAGCUGUCAUUCAUAAAUGUCCAUUUUUUUUCAAGUUCGAUCCCUCGCCAGAUGGUUAAACAGUAGAGCUUUAACCCCUUAGAUUAUAUAGUUCAGGAUCAGCCCUAUAAUGUAAUACAGAAUCACACAAAGAGCAACGCGACGCCAAGAUGUAACAUUAGUAGGUUUUUAUUAAUUAUUUAGCGCGUAAUCAUCCUGAACUUUUUCUUUUACCUUUUACGCACACCUCUCCAAUGCAUGAUCUGCAGAAGGUCACGUCUUUCUGCGAUAGAGUAGGCAGCGUGUAGGAACCAUUGACUUGUAUCAUGGCAGCAUGAAAGCAUCAAUGCACGGAUAAGGAAAGUUCUUGCAUCAUGCGCUUGUUUGAUGAAGUUGGUUUUACGCACCGGAAAGCAUGCGCUCCGAAAAUAUGAAGACUCGCUGAGCCCGUCUUCUUCUUCCUCUUCUUUUCUGUUCUGGAUCCCAAAUGCAUGGCUUUUUACGAGACAUUGCUGUAAAUCAUUUUUUUGUUCCGCCGAGCAUUUUUUGGGGGGUGAUGAUGAGGAUCCAACUGAGGUGAUUUUCUUCUUGCUGUGUCCCAUGCGUCUUUCUCCUCCUCCUCCUCCUCCUCCUCCCCCUCCAGACCUCUGGACGUUGUUGUGGAUUGACUUGCUGUGUAAUGCGAUGGGCUGCAUCCAGAGUAUCAGGUGUAAGCCCAAGAGUUUCCGAGACAGUGUCAUCGUCCUGGAGGUGAACACUUGCAUCGAUUCCAACCCCACCAGCAUCGACGAGUCUAACAGCGUGGUCCUGCGCUACCGAACGCCGCAUUUUCGCGCACACGCCCAGGUCCUGGUGCCGCCUGUGCCCUGUCAAGAGACGUGGACCAUCGGCUGGAUUCAAGCGUGUAACCACAUGGAGUUCUAUAAUACGUAUGGAAACAAAGGGAUGUCAAGUUGGGAGCUCCCGGACCUGCGUGACGGCAAGAUCCAGGCCAUUAGUGACUCGGAUGGAGUCAACUACCCAUGGUACGGCAACACCACAGAGACCUGCACCGUUGUCGGCCCCACCAAAAGGGACAGCAAGUUCACCGUUAGCAUGAACGACAAUUUCUACCCCAGCGUGACCUGGAGCGUGCCAGUCAGUGACAGCAAUGUGCCUCAGCUUAGCAGCAUCCACCGUGACCAGAGCUUUACGACGUGGCUGGUGGCCGUCAACCAGGCCACCUCAGAGACUAUUGUCCUGCAGACAAUCCGCUGGAGGAUGCGGCUCUACAUCAAAGUGGAUCCGGACAAGCCUCUGGGUCAGCGGGCUGUUCUGAACGAGCCUGUGAUCCAAGAGCAGCCCCAGAUCCUUGGCAAGAACGAGCCCAUCCUCGCCAACGCCAUGGUCAAGCCUAACGCCAAUGACGCCCAGGUACUGAUGUGGCGGCCAAAGAAUGGUGACCCCGUGGUGGUCAUCCCACCCAAAUACUGACCUGUUUCACUGACCAGGCUGGCCUUGGAUACUUCGACAGUAUCAUCUCUCUAUUUGUUCUCUUUUGUUUUGUUCCUGCUCUUCACCAGCUCUCACUGCUGUCGCCCUUCGUUGACAUUAAUGUCCGUCUAUUUUUUGCCUCUUUGCUCUUUUCUCUCUUCUAUUUUCAAAACAACGGACGGAGAGAAAACCAGGCAGAGGAAAGGCUCUGAGAAAAAGACCAGCUGAUGCUACAAGGGCAGGGGGAUGUACUUUUUAAAACUGGAGUGAACAAACUGCAACCAUUCUACCUUCAAACCGGGUCGGGUCUCACUGUGCUAAAUGAAGUCACUGACGAAAUGAAAAACAAGAGUAUUUCUUGUUUUUUUAUUUUGAACAUUUUUAUAUUGUGGCUGUUUGGGCCGAGCAAUGCAAGGUUUGUGAGUGUGGGUCAAGUUAUAGUAUUUACAUGACCAUGUCUUCGCACAUGCUCCAUACAUGGAUAUGCACAAACGUUGUGUUCAAAUACCAGUUGUGUUUCUAUUUAUGGUUGGGAGAGAGUGCAUUUUAUUUUGUUUGUUGCUGGCAAAAUGCAUUGGUUGACUAUAGAUUUUAGUAGUUUUUCAAAAAAAAACAAACAUGCAAGACAUUCAAUCCAUGCUGCCUUAAGUUUACAUCGCUUUCCACUGCAAACUUCUUCGCCUUAAACUAAGUGCAAUGCAGUAUUUUGCUCAUUUGUCCCAUCUCUUCCAGACUGUUGGUGCUGGCGUGUGUGGGUUUAGGACAGGAGAUAAAUCGCGUCUGACAUUUUGGAUUUUGUCGCAUUUACCUGACAAAUGCAUUGUCGAACAAGUGCAACCAGCAAUAUGUGUAGAAGCAGUUAUACAGUUGUGUGUUUCGAUUGCAUUACGCAGCAAAAGAGAUGCUAUGUGCAGAAAACACCUGUGAAGCAAACCCUUGUCGAUAGCACUGAGUACAUUCAACUAUACGUGCAAUAACAAACUGAGCAAAAGGUACUUAAAAGCACUCCUCAAUUAACCUCAUUCACUUUAUCCUCUUCAGUGGCAGCUGUUGCUUUCAACAUCCUUUCUCUUCAUCCCUCCAUCUCAGGGCCCCUUUUCACUUCCUUCCCUUCUCGUUUUUCAUCCACCCUGUCUCGCCUACUCGCGUGUUUAAUACUUUAAAUUAAAAAGACAGGGGGAAAUAACUUUUAAUCACAGCAGUCUGCUUUUCCCCUCACAAUCAUCCACAUUAUAUUUAUUAUUGUUGGCAGUCUUUAAAUCUGUAAAACUGCUUUUCUUUCAUCAAAAUCCAAACAUGUCUGCGUCUCAUGUAAAUGGUCUCUAUUUUUUGGCACUUAUCCUCAUCUGUAAUGUUAAUCUACACCGAUCUACAAUCUAUUCCUCCUCCCACUCCUCCUCUCCCUAGUCUCUUCUUCCCCUCUUUCCUUCUCUCACUUUUUAUCUGUUGUGGAGGCUGAAAAGCAGAACAGGAGCCGUUUGAGUUUGAUCCCGGCUGCUCGGUCGGCAUAUAGAUGACCCACUUCUCUGCUCUGCCAGUUGUAGUUCUCGCUGCGGAAAGGUGGGGCCUGUCUCCCUUUAUUUUACCGCCAGUGCACGCACACACACACACACACACACUAAACAAACAGCUCUGGUCUGCUAAAUACCAACAUUUAACGAAACAAUGCCCACUUAAUGUUCAUCUUUGGGCAUGGCUUCAGAUACAAAACAUCUUUUUUUAAAAAUCUAUUAAUGAAAACCUUUGUUAGAGUUUUUCAGGUUAAAAGCCAGUUUUAAAGGCUUAAAGAUACUAUGAACAUUUAUGCAAAGUUUCCUGUGUUUUGGCUCCAAUAUAAAAAAAAAAGCAUCAAAGUCCUAUCUGGUUGUGUGUUUCACAAAGAUUUGUAAGCUGCUGCUUCACUGUAUUAGCAUCUCCUUUCUAUGGAGUGAACAAAGCCUUCAAACUCGGUUCAGAAAACAUUUCUUUGAGUGUUUUUUAGGACAUUCUAUCCACUGCAACAUAACAAUACAGGAUUAUUGUGUAACUUCACUGUGUAGUACCUUGAUUUUGCUUAUAUUUCCACCUGGACUUUAAAAUCAUACAUAGAGUAAUACUACUUUAAGUAAUACUACAUUUGUUGCCUAUUUUGACGAAACGUUUUUGAGACCAUUCAAACAUUUGUGCAAAGACAACAAAAAUUGUAACAACCAUUGGAACGUGUGUGACUUCCAGUAUAAAUCUAAUGGUAGCUCAGUAGAAUGACAAACUCUAACCCUAACCCUGGCUAAAGGCUCCACAGACUUCCAUUCAGACUAAUGUCGUAUAUAAGUCAAAUAACAUCCAGCUGAACCAGAGCUCAAAGAUCAAAUCCAUCGAUGCACUCGCUCUCUCUGAGGAUAUUAUAAUUACAUUUAAGCCCACACAUGGCUUCAUCAGGCACUGCUCCUGCAGCCUGUGAUGCUCUGUGCUCCGGGCAGAGUCACGGGGGAACAACAGUGGUGAAGGGAGACGGAGAGAAGAAGUAAGAGGCUAGUGAGGGACUACUGUCAUAAUUAGAUCUGCAGUGACACACUUACACGCCCUACAUGGACUGAACCGUGCCGAGUCGUGCUGGGAAAGGCAAAGGCUAGCUGGAGUCAUGAGUGAGAUGUAAGCGAGGUCAAAGAGCAGAGGUCAGGGGUCAACGCAUCUGAAGCUGCCACUGUCCUAAACUGGGCCGCAGACAGUCGAGAGGUUGUGGUGGAGUGAUUAUGUAUGUGACAACACAUUGUGUUCGCUUAGAAAACAACUAUUGUAUCCUGAACUGCCUCGUAAUGUCUUCAUCCGACCUACGGACACCACGGAUGGUAUCCAAGCUGGACUAAGUGUAAUAUAAUUAAACCUUUCACACGCAUGGCCCCGCGUUCCCAACGUAUGUGUGUGUGUGUGUUUUCAUGCGAGUUGUGUGUUAAAUCCCAUUGGAGGGAUUUAGAAGGGAUGAGUUUCACUUAUGUACUUCUGCUGUUGUUGGGUCAUGAUUCUCUCUCUCUCUCUCUCUCACACACACACACACACACACAAACAAACGGGGCAGGACAGGGUACGUCCUUGUCAUAAAACAGGGAUAGAGAGCUCGGACGCAAACACACACACAGAAACACCCCGAGGGGAAAGGAGCAGGCCUGGUGCGGUAUCUGAUUGUCACAGCAGUGUCACAUUGGCAGAGUGUACUCAUUUAUCAGCCCUGCACGUGGACGGUCGAAGCACAUGCACAUGCUACAAAGCCAUAUGCACAAACACACCUGUCUGCUAACAAACAGGGAGUGAUGUAUGUGAUUCUCCCCGAGGAUUAACUACAGCGAGGACAUUUUUAUAUAAAGAAGAAAUGGAGGAACUGAGGUCACAGAGUGGGGGUGCCUGUCAACAUCAGCAAAUGUCUGAUGUUGAUGGAAAAAGGCACUAAUCGUCUUCUGUGUGCGUCUGUUAACUUUGCAUUAAUGAUUUUACAUUCGGCGAGAUGUCACAAAUGCAAUAUGCUUCCUGAAAUCAGCCACAGAAAAACAAUACUGCACAUUAUUGGUUUUUCCCUGUAUGGAGCACAAAAAGUGCCAAAAUUGGACAGCGCCAAAACUAUGCAGUGUAAUAUUGUAUUAUUUGAAGUUGUGAAUUCAAAAAAACCUCUUGGCACUUCAUGAUGGGCCUAAUUUCAUCAUUAAAUGCUUAUAGUAUAUUGGUAUUUCCUGAGAAAUAUCACAAAUGCAAAAUGUAGCCAUUAGGGAUGUUAUUCGUCGUAGCGUUUUCUGCUUGUACGGCCGUGCCAAGCGAUCAGACGCCUCCUCUCCUAAACCCACACCAUUACAGUUCUUCUGAGGGCUGCUACUUUUGCUCCAGCUCUUUAUUUAUUGGUUGAACCCUCGUGAGACAGUAACCUUUAUUUAAACCAAUAAAUAAUCCCUAGUUCACACUCAGGACCACCUGCCUUCAUUUCCUGGUUUUUAUUAUUGGUUCAAUCCCAUUAAGGAAAAAAAUGGAUGUUCCACAGGUCAGUUCAUCUCACUAUUCUCCUUAUUUAGGAAAAUAAACAACAUAAUUCAGUGUUUGAAAUACAACCUGAGAGAUGGUACAUAGGAUACUACGAGCAAAUAUGUUUGUUUUUUCAUUUAGUUUGGUUUGCUUUCUGGAAGUAACAGCACUGAAAUAGUUCAAGCAGUGUGUGUUUGUUUGUUCAGCUUUGACUUUUUACACCAAUACUUGAAAAUGGGUCAGUUCUGGCAAAUAUUUAAAAACUGUGAAAAUGCACAACAUUGGGGUGAACAACCCCUGAAAAAAUAUAUUAAAAAGUCUUUUUUCAAGAAUGAAUAAAAUGUACAAAUGUCA